AUGGAGAGCCCGGCCCCCGGUGCCCGGUGCCCGGUGCAAGAGCAGCGUGCCCGUUGGGAGCGGAAACGCGCCUGCACUGCCCGGGAGCUGCUGGAGACAGAGCGGCGCUACCAGGAACAGCUGGGGCUGGUGGCCACGUACUUCGUGGCAAUUUUGAGAGCCAAAGGCACCCUGCGACCACCAGAGCGCCAGGCCCUCUUUGGUGCUUGGGAACUCAUUUACGGCGCCAGCCAAGAGCUGCUUCCCUACCUCGAAGGAGGGCGCUGGGGGCAGGGGUUGGAGGGCUUCUGCAACCACCUGGAGCUCUACACCCAAUUUGCUGCCAAUGUUGAGAGGUCCCGGACCAUCCUGCAGGAGCAACUAAAGAAGAACAAACAUUUCCGGAGAUUUGUACGACUUCAGGAAGGUCGCCCUGAGUUUGGGGGCCUUCAGCUCCAGGACCUGCUCCCUCUGCCUCUGCAGAGGCUCCAGCAGUAUGAGAAUCUUGCUGUUGCUUUGGCUGAAAACACAAGCCCCAACAGCCCUGAACACAAACAGCUCACAAGGGCUGCCCAGCUGAUAAGUGAGACUGCCCAGAGAGUUUACACCAUCGGUCAGAAACAGAAGAAUGAACAGCAUCUCCAGCGCAUCCAGGCUCUGCUCAGUGGACGGCAAGCAAAGGGGCUUAUCUCAGGUCGCUGGUUCCUACGCCAGGGAUGGCUAUUGGUGGUGCCUCCCCGAGGGGAGCCUCGGCCCCGAAUGUUCUUCCUCUUCUCUGAUGCACUCCUCCUGGCCAAGCCUCGACCCCCAUUGCAUCUGCUGCAGAGUGGCACCUUUGCCUGCCGGGCCCUCUACCCAAUGGCCGAGUGUCAACUCCACAGGGUCUUUGGCCACUCAGGAGGCCCUUGUGGUGGACUGCUCAGUCUGUCCUUUCCCCAUGAGAAGCUACUGCUUAUGUCCACAGACCAGGAGGAGCUGUCGCACUGGUACCACAGUCUGACUUUGGCCAUCAGCAGCCAGAAGAACUAGAGGAAUCUUAAAAAUUCCAGAGUCCAGGAUACUGUGGGGAUAGGUCAGCAUCAGG